GGAGCCCUAUGUAUGAAAUCAGUCCCCUACCAUGGUGACAGAGCAGGACUCCUUACAGCCGGGGACCUCCAGCGAAGUCUUAGCAAGCGUGAGUGCUGGCUCCCUAUUUAUACAGAAAGCUCUGCUCCAUAGUCUCCUAGUCCUUGCCACCAUGGUCAUAGCGUGCAAAGCCGAAUGCACCAUUGAAAAGCGUGUGAUGCUUCCAAACCAAAAGGAUGAUGAAUGCACAGAUGCUGAGGGUCGCAAGCAUUUCAUCAACAUUCCCUGGAAGAAGGAAUGUUUGUGGUGCUUCUGUGACAAAAAGUCAGUCACCUGUUGUAGCAACAAUGCUAAGCCUGCGAGCUAUGACAAAGAAAAGUGUGAGGAACAUUUCUACCCAGAGAACUGCACCUAUAGAGUGGUGGAACGGAAGAACCCAGGAAAGACCUGUGGAGUUGAUAAAUGGAAAAUGUAAAUGUGCUUCUUGUGGGCCCAAAAGUGGAGCAACACUUGAACCUUGUAUGAUCUAAAA